UGCGUCUCUCUCUCUCUCCACGCAUCACGGUCGCUCCUCUCUCUUGCAUCUGACACUAUAUCUUUCGCGCUCGCUCCAGCACUCGAGCCGCUUCGACUCACCCGUCGCUUCUUUGCGAGGCGAACGCACCGACGCGAAACAGGCCCCCGCCUUCCCGUUAGCCGGACGAUAGAGGGUUUCGAGGGCACUGGGAUCUGAGGCUUAGAAUGAUGGAUAACAAGGAGCUGGAGGAUCGUCUUCGUGAUGUUGGGAACAGGCUAACCUCUCCUCCCUCCGCCGUGGAUGAGCUCCUACCGCUUCUUGACCAUGCCGAGAUUUUGUUAUCGAGAGUGGAACAAUCACCAAAGCAAUCAAUGUCGAAUGCACUUAAGCCAUCAAUGAAAGCACUGGUGGAUAAAGAACUCUUGGGACAUUCUGAACUGGAUGUGAAAGUGGCUGUUACAUCAUGCUUGAGUGAGAUCACUAGAAUUACAGCUCCUGAAACUCCAUAUGGCGAUGACCUAAUGAAGGAGAUAUUUCAGAGGAUUGUUCAAUCCUUUGAGAAUUUGGAUGAUAUGUCAAGUCGAUCUUUCCCCAAGAGAGUUUCAGUUCUUGAAACUGUUGCAAAAGUUCGGUCAUGUGUCUUGAUGUUGGAUCUCGAAUGUGAUUCUUUGAUUUUGGAAAUGUUUUGUCAUUUCCUGAAGACUUUAAGGCCAAAUCAUUCUGAGAAGAUCUUUUCCUCGAUGGAAAUGAUAAUGACACUUGUGUUAGAAGAGAGUGAAGAUAUUUCCUUGGAGCUACUUUUAUGCCUUCUAAAUAGUGUCAAAAGUGACAACAAAGAUAUCUCACCUGCAGUACGCAAACUGGGUGAAAAAGUGAUCAGCAAUUGUUCCGGGAAGUUAAAACCUUAUUUGACAGAGUUAUCCCAAUCAGGUGGCAUUAUUUUAAGCGAGUACACUAUAGUUGUAACCUCUAUAUGCCUUCAGAAUCUGGAUAACUUGGAGCAAAACAUUAAUGCCUCCGGUGAAAUUAUGGCAGAUGACAGCAAACAGUCUGAAAGGACUGUUUCAGAUGAAUUGCUUAAGGGGUCUGAAGAAAUGGAACAAGAACUUGGUUGUCCAGAAGAAGUCACUUCUACCAAGAAAUCACCAAAACCUGCGAGCAGCAAUCGUAAUGUUCAGAUGGGCAAGAGUGAAUCAACAAUAGAACCAUCUUCUCCAAAGCAGAUGUCUGAACCUUCUCGACUUUCUCCGCCUAGUGAUCAAUCGGACAGGGUUGUUUUAAGCAACAAGGAUGCAUCAGAUAAUGGAGAUGUCAAGGAGACGUUGCCAAUUGAAAAGCAGAGUACUGAUGCAACUAGACGUAAGCGUGGCAGACCUAGAUCUAAGUUGACGGGAAAAAAACAUCAAGGCAGAGAAAUAAAUGAGCAAUCUGCUUCCUCUUUGCAAAAGGAGGAGUCCGAGACUGGGGAUAAAAAUAUCACUCCACAAAAAGAGUCAGAUGAGAUUAACAAUCCUGAUGACGUUCCAAUAGUCUCAGAAGAUAAAUCCCAGAAGCAAAGAAGUAGAAAAGGUUCAGUAAGCAAGAUUGGUCAUGGAAGUUCUUCUCAAAAAUCAAGAGUAUCUAAGGCCAAACAACAUGAGGAUCUCAAAGGCAAAGAAAUCGUAGAUGUGGAAUCAAUUAAGAAGGAAGUUAUCUUAGAAUCUAAUGCCGAAAUGCCCAAUACUGAAGGCAACAUCCAGGGGAGUGGUAAAACUAAAUCCAAGAGGAAGCUUGACCAUGUUGGCAAAGAGGAAUUUAUCUUAGAAUCUGAUUCCAAAAUGCUCAGUCAUGAAGACAGCAUCCAGGAGAGUGCGAAAACUAAAUCCAAGAGGAAGCUUGACCAUGUUGCUAAAGAGAGUACCAAAACACUAAUCAGUAAUAAGGUGCUGGAUGGGAGCAUUGUUGGCUCUAAAAUUAGGGUCUGGUGGCCAAUGGAUAAAAAUUUUUAUGAUGGAGUAAUUGAUUCUUAUGACAAAGCUUCCAAAAAGCACAAGAUCAUGUAUAGUGAUGGAGAUGUAGAGGUAUUAUUACUGAAGAAAGAACGUUGGGAGUUCAUUGAAGCUGGCAGCAAAUCAACUCUGGAGCAAGGAAAAGAAGGCUCUGAUAGUCCUGAUCCUGCAGAAGAACCAAAGAGCAAAAGAGCUAAAGUAGGCUCAAGUUCUGUUCCACAGACAGCUAGUACAAAGCCAUCUACAGAAAGUGGCGCAACAUCCACCGGUCGCCGUAAGGGUAGACCACCAAAAGCUAGACCUCUGAACUUGGACGGUAGCCCUGGCUCCUCUGCUAAAGGAAACGAACAGGAAAUUGGCAAGCCCAUAGAUGAAAAAUCUGAGUCUGCCACUAAGCUCAAGGAUGAUAGCAUGGCCAAAGAUGAUAUUUCAAAAAGUAAACCUACUCCCAAAACUGGAAGAGGGCGGAAAGUUAACUCCAGAAGAAAAUCCAUUGUGGACGACACCCCUGUUCCUGCCACUGGCAGCAAAUCAGAGGACGAUGAUUGUGCAAGUGCUAGCACCAAGGUCAAAAAUGAUGCUCCAAAAAGUAAAUCCAUUGACAGCCCUAAGGCAGUCCAAACGUCCAAGGGAACUAAAACUGGAAGAGAAACCAAGGCCAGUGCUAAUUCUGAGGAGAAACCUAAAGUGCCAGAAUCUGAGGAAUCACAGAAAGCACUCACCAAAGCAAAAUCCCCAGAAAGUGAAGCUCUUUUAGGGAAGAAACGUAGGAGAAAGAGGCAAACCUGAGGUUUGUUAAUUGAUAUUUUUUUUUGUUACUGUCGCGUUGGUGGAACCCUGUGUUGUAACUUACCUUAUGUGCUUACCAAGAUGCCUACGGUGUUGGACUUGUUUUGGCUACAGUUAUGCUUGUAAUGGGAGUCAAAAUGCAAGCCAUUGGAAGUUGGGGCUGUUGCAGGUAGGGUAGGUAGUUGCUGUUCUAUUUAUAUAAUUAUGUUGCCAAAACUAUUUUGUGGUUACUUGGGGCCAUUUUGUGAUUUAGACUCGGAGCCUCACCUUUGUGGCUUUUAGAAUGGGAAUGAGUACUAUCGAUGCUUCAUAAUUUUA